ACGCCCGGCGGCUCCGCUCCCACCGAGACGCCCGGCGGCUCCUCGCCCACAGAGACGCCCGGCGGCUCCUCGCCCACCGCACCUGAGGUGGCGACUGACGUGGCCCCGACGAGGAGAGCCAGGAGGAGGCCGGAGCCCAAACCUGCAGCUGAAGUACAGGAGACGCAGGAAGUAGAGGAGCCGCCACCGAAGACACCCAGUGAGUCGACUGUGUCUCAGGCAGGAUGGGGAUACUGGGGCAGCUGGGGAAAGUCCAUCUUAUCCACAGCAACAUCUACUGUGGCCACUGUGGGUCAGGGCCUCAGUCAGGUGAUCGAGAAGGCGGAGACGUCGCUGGGAAUCCCGAGUCCGACCGAACUGUCGGCGCAGGUGGAGGAAGAGGAGAAACAGCAGGCUUCUUCUCCUGAAGGUGACGCCAGCAGUGAGACGGACGGAGCUGUGGGAGGGGCCAUGGGAAUGUUCUCAUCGCUCACCAGCGUCGUCCAGAGCACAGGGAAGACGAUGAUUUCCGGAGGCCUGGACGCUCUGGAGUUCAUCGGGAAGAAGACGAUGGACGUGAUAGCAGAAGGUGACCCCGGCUUCAAGAAGACCAAAGGCCUGAGGUUCCACAACUCCACUCUGUCACAGGUGUUGAGGGAGGCGAAGGAGCAAGAGGAGCUGCAGACGGCCGAGGGGGAGGCGUCAGAUUCUGAGAAGAAGGUGGUGGCUCACUACGGGAUGCUGUUUGAUGAGUUUCAGGGUCUGUCCCACCUCGAGGCGCUGGAGAUUCUGUCGAGGGAGAGCGAGUCUAAGGUGAAGUCGGUGCUGACGACCCUGUCGGGGGAGGAGCGGCUGCAGCUCAGGAAAGAGCUGGAGAGCAUCAGAGAGUCUUUCUCCCUCGUGGAGUUCGAUGACGAGGACGUGGACGAGCAGAAAGAUGAGGACGGCUCCGAGUUCGAGGAGGAGUUAACGAAGGCGCUGGACGGUCUCAGUGUCUCGGCCACAGCCGGGAAACUCAGCAAAGCCUGUAAGAGCGCGUCCAGCCUGAUCAGCGAGAUGAGCCGACCCGAGGAGGAAGGAGAAGCUGGAGAGGAGCUCGUGAAGAAAACAGCUUCUGUAGAGGAGGUGCACGCCGCCGCCAUCAGGAGCCUGGCGGAGCUGACGGCUCGGUCCAUCGAGCUUUUCCACAAACUGGCCGAGAUGAUCCUGUUCUCCAGCGGCAGCACCGAGGCCGGCGUCCUGUCACAGUUAACGGUUGUUCUGUGUAGAGAAAUCUCGCUGCUCUCCAAGAAGUUCACCUCCUGUUUGACAACUGCCGGCUCCAAUGAGAAGAGAGACGUCCUCAACCCGCUGAUCACAGGCGUCUUCCUGGAGGCGUCCAACAGCGCCUCCUACAUCCAGGACGCGUUCCAGCUCCUCAGGCCCAUCCUGGAGAUUUCUCACAUCCAGAGGACGGCUGACUCCGCAGAGCAGUGACCUCAGGAUGUGACCUCUGACCUCUGACGCCGCCCCGGCUCCAGGACUCUGUCACAGCGGAUAACUGACACAUCUCUAAAACUUUUAAAAGUGACCGUGUCUCUGUUCUCCAGCUCAGGACAAAAAUCGAUUUCACGCCUGGGAAGAAAAAGUGUGUUCUUGUCAAACAGUGUUAGACUAUUUGUGCUUCGCAGGUUUAUUUGUGAAUCACACAACAAGGACUCGUUGCAACACUCGUUGUUGUGGAAGGGAAACAAAAUGCAUUUAUGAUAAAUAAGGUUCAUCCUAUAGUUCUUUUAUUCCAACAUCUGCACUUUUUUCUGACAGAUCCUGUCGUCUGGAAUCUGCCUCAAAGAACAAUCGACUUGUAAAUUGUCAAAAACGAUGGAGACACCACUUUGGAUUUGUUAAAACAAACAAAGGUGUGUUUGAACUAAAUAGAUAUUAAGAUAUGUAUUUGGUUUUCUAUGCAGAUGUUUCUUAAAUCAUGUCAUCCAGGAUAUUUACUGGUCCUGGAGCUGAAGGUUAUUUUUCUUUAGGGACAAAGAGAAGGAAUGAAGGUUCAGUUUUAACAUGUGUUAGUCAGGUCUAUGAGGGAAAGACACUAGUGACAGCAUUGUGUGUUCAAAUAACAAACUCGUUCCUUUUCAGACUUGUUCUGUUAAAGACGAGAAACUUGAGGGAAACGUUCCUGAUUUAAUCUGAACAUCCAAAAAAAGAACUUAAAGAAGCUCCAGCUCUGUAAAAUCAGCUGAAAUAACAAAACCGCUCAGAUCUUUAUUUACACGGAAGAAAUUGUAUAUAGUUUAAUUUCUUAAUUUCAGAAUUGUGCAACACUUUAUUCUCUUAAAAACUUGAAUUUCCCUCCCCAUCUUCUCCCUGAUUAAACUUUGUUAAAGAAAAGUAAAACAUUGUGAUUGAUGCCAUAUCUAAGAAGAGGCUUCACUGAGAGUCCGGCUUCUUAUGUGACUAGUCCUCUUGUAAAUGUCCAAUGUCCACCAGGAGAAAAAUCCAUCUCUUCAUUCUAAUUUUAUAUUCAGAACUUCAGGUGUUUACGUAUCCGACAGAGAAGCUUCUAUCUGCUAUGAAGAUUAUUAUGAUCGUCUCUUUUUUAGCAAGUUAUCUUCCGGUGGAUUGUUUGCCGUGUGACGUGGACAUGAAGAGUGAUCGACAGGUGUUUGAGACUUUCAAAUAAAUGCUGUCACAAUGUCA